AUGUUAAGGAUAUUAACUUUAAUCUAUUUAACGACUGCAGUUUACUGUCAGAGCUUAGCCAAUUCGUUCUUCGCUGAAACAGGAACCUAUCCAGGAUUCAUUACCAGAAUUAAUCAGAAAGGUCUUGACCUACUUUCCUCCCACUUAAGUGAUAGAGUUCUACGUUUUAUGAAUGCAGGAGAUUUACCUUUCAAUAUUUCGGCUUCUCUCUCCGAGGAGGCUCGUUUCACUCUGGCUGCAGCCCGUAUUUUAAGUUUUGAUACUAAUUCGUUCAGCUCUCGUAUAAUCAGUUCUCCAGGAAAGGGUCUAUCUUGGACGGGUUCAAACAUUAAUGCUACGGUUAAUUCUCAUUUUGUUCUCAGUACUCCAUCUGGAGAUGUAAGCGGCUUCGUCCCUCUUUCCUUCGACAGGACAAACGUCGAACUUUCUUUGUGGACUGGAGUUAACAGCGAUGGACACCUUAAGACAGAUCUAGUCACUUGCAAGGUUGCUGCUAACAACAUUCAAUUGCGUUUCUCUCAAUCUGAUUCUGUUCUUCUCUCUAAUUACUUGCCACACGUUAUGCAGUUCAUUAAGGAACACAUGGAACAGGUAAUAUGUCCAACCUUCCAUGCCGAGCUUGUCCCAGUUAUUUCCAAUCGGCUGAUGAACACACCAAUGAGUGCAGCUCUUUUCGAACAGUACUUUUUGAAUUAUGGAUUACUUGGACCAGUUGAGUUCCGGGAGAAUGAAGUCAUUUUGAGACAUAGGGGCAACGCUUUCGGAAUUCUCCGCCAGGGACGUACCCGAUUGAACGACUUCAGACUACCUUUCCGAAGUGUUCCAUUCAACAUUGAAGGUCCACCUAGUGGAAAAAUGGUUGACUUCUAUCUUUCAAAUUACACCGUAAGCAGUUUGUUAUUCUGGAUGGAUCAGUACAGAAAGUUCGAUUAUGAGAUCAGUCGCACCGCUCAAAACAACUCUGCUAUUACUGGAUAUCUCAAGACCAACUGCCCCUCCGAUGAUAUUUGUGCUGGAACUCUGUUCCCAGCUUUGGGUCAACGUUUCCCAGAUGGAGAAGUUGUUAUUAAGUCACACACCAUUUCAUACCCCAAAAUGGUUAUAAAAGAGAAUAAUAUAACUAUUUAUAUUGACUCCAAGGUCGAUGCAUUUGUUCAGCAAGGAGAAAGAAGUCGCCGAUUCUUAACAGCUGGAAUGAAUGCUGAAAUCAAGCUGGACAAAGUUUCUUUCAGUAAUUACGUUUUGAAUGCGGAUAUGCAUAUUGAAAAGUUCAAGAUUGAUGAAGUUGCUUCGUUGGUUGAUGGAAUUGAUGAGAACUCCCUGGAAUUCCUCGUCAAUGCUUUAACUGAAUUAAUACUGAAUGAGGACAUGGCCAAAAAACUCAGAGGAGGAAUACAUCUUCCAAUUAUAUUUGAUUUUGAACAAACAACCUCCGAAGUUGCUUUUGAAAAUGACAGAAUACGAAUUUCAGCUGAUUACUGCUACGGAGACAAGUGUAAAUCAUCCUUGGCUGAAAACAAGGAUGCAAACAUCGAUUACUAUGACGUAGUUCAAGGUUAG